AUGAUUGAUGAGAAGAAGAAAAGAUCAGUAUUUAGUAAUGUUAGGUUACGAAUUGAACCUUCUAAAAGUGAAGGAGGUCUUGGUGGUGCCGGUGGUGGUGGUGAUGGCGGCGGUGGUGGAGGUAGUGAUGGGAGAUUUGUUGCUGGCCUUGGAUAUGGCAAGGGUCAUAGAUCGAGUGAAAAUGAUGGAUUUGGCCAAAUUUUAGGGGGCCUAAUUGGUGGCAGUGGUGGUGGAGGAGGAUGUCACGGAUUCUAUGCAAAUGGUGGUGGAGGCGGCGGUAGAGGUGGAGGUGGUGGAGGAGGAGGUAGUGAUGGAGGAUCUGGUUUUGGCAUUGGAGAUUGUGAGGGUCAUGGAUCGGGUGAAAACAUCUGUGGUGGUGGUCAAAAUGGUGGUAGUAGUUUUGGUGCUGGAGGAGUAUGGGCCCAUGGUGGUGGUGGCAAUUGA